UUGCCUCCUCCAAAGGCAUGGUAAUGGUAUUCCAUUGAGAUACAUUCACUUUCUCAAUAUUAAGUCAUCUCUCUCCUUCCAGUCGGCGUAAUCUUUCAAUCCACAAUUACAUCCCACCUCACACUCUCCCUCUCCUAGCAAAAUGGCCGACGCCCGGGACUUCGAGACAAAAGUGAGCGAGCGCUUCGGCCUCUCCGGCCGCUCCUUCAUCAUCACCGGCGGCGGUCGAGGAAUGGGCUUCGGCCUCACACGCGCCAUAGCACAGCAAGGCGGCAACGUCGCCGUGCUCGACCUGCUCGACCAACCCGAGGCGGAAUUCCACGACCUGGCGAAGAAGUACAACGUCAAAGCCGUGUACAAACGCGCCGACGUCACGGACCAGGAAUCGCUGGAGACGGCCUUUAAAGAAGUCGUUGCGGAGCUUCCGAACGUGAAUGGCUUGGUGACGGCCGCGGGCAUCGUGAUCGACAAGCCCGUCUGGGAGCACGGGUGGGCGGAGUCGAAGAAAUUGUCCGAUGUGAAUAUCUUGGGCACGCUUUGGCCCGUCCGUCUGCUCGCCGAUCAUAUCGUCCACCACAACAAGGGCGCCGGCGGCAGCAUCGUCAUGAUUGCCUCUGUCGCCGCGCACGGCGUCAAAGUGCCCUUCCAGAACAUCGCCAUGUACGCCAUGUCGAAAGCGGCAGUGAAAGGCCUGGCAGGGCCGAUGGCCGGCGAGCUGGGCCCGUAUAAUAUUCGCAUCAACACUGUUAGCCCGGGUCCGACGGUGACGCCCAUGACGGACAUGCUAAGGGCCCGCGACCCCAAGUACUACGAGGUCUUUAAGACGGUGCCGUUCAUUUACGGAAUGGCGACGCCGGAGGCGGACAUUGCCCCGGCGGUCGUGUAUUUGCUCAGUGAUGCUAGCAAAUGGGUGACGGGGGUAGAUAUUCCGAUCACGGGGGGCUCGCAUGCGGGCAUUUCGACCGAGUUAUUGCAGAAGGGAACAGACAGCUUGUAAGAGAAGAGACGGGAUGGCGGAACG